UUUUGAGAGGACGGGCAGAGAUUGUGCUGUGACUAGCAGGCGCGGCGCCAUUUCAUCCUCGGAAACCAGUGGCAUCCCGCCGUGAAAGCAGGAGCAUCACCAUGGUGAAAAUCUUCAUUGGGAAUUUGUCACCAGACACCACGACAGAGGAGCUGCGCUCCCUCUUCUCCCAGUAUGGCAAGAUCUCAGAGUGCGACAUCGUCAAGAACUUUGGAUUUGUGCACAUGGACGACAAAGCCAAGGCGGAAGAUGCCAUCAAGAAUCUCCACCACUACGAGCUCAAUGGGCAGGCCAUGAACGUGGAGAUGAGCCGCAGCAGAUCCAAAGCCUCCACCAAGCUGCACGUGGGUAAUAUCAACAGCAGCUGUACCAACCAAGAACUGCGGGCCAAGUUUGAGGAGUACGGCCCAGUGGUGGAGUGUGACAUAGUGAAGGACUAUGCCUUUGUCCACUUGGAGCGUGUGGAGGAUGCCAUGGAGGCCAUCAGUGGGCUGGACAACACGGCCUUCCAAGGCAAACUGCUGAGCGUGAAGCUUUCGACUAGCCGCCUGCGUACUACGCCCGGCAUGGGAGAGAGGACUGGUUGUUAUCGGUGCGGGCAGGAAGGCCACUGGUCCAAAGAAUGCCCGCUCGACACGUUGGGCAACUACAGAGAGGGUGCCGAGCCAAGCUCUGACGGAUUUAAUAGCGGUGCCCCCAGGUUCGGCGGGGGCAGUCGCGGCGGCCGCGUUUAUCAACGGGGCUUCAGUGGCGACGAUCCAGGUUACGGUGGCAGCUACGCUUCCGUGCACGACAUCGGCAGCAGGGGGUCUGCUUACGGCAGCGACAGUGUACCCGGGUAUGACAGGGGCGCGGGCUACGAGAGCGCAAUGAGUUACGGUGUCCCGCAAGGUUAUGGAAUGAGCGCUGCCGAACAUAGCAUGGCCCGGACAUACGCCAGCGAGGCAGCGUACGGAGGCAGCAGCUUGAGCUAUGGUGCGAUCCCAGCCAACCCAGUGCGCCGGUCAUCUUACGAGGACCGGGAUCCGUAUGGUGUCGUGGACUUCUACAAGAAGUACCGGGCUCAAUCGUAUGGAGCCAGUUAUUUUGAAGAGCGCCGGUCUGUCCCUUUGCCAGCCCCACCUCCCCCCUCCUCGGCCAUAAUGAGGGAGCGCCUGCCGCCCUCUAGCCUCGACCAAUACGAGCGCCAUCCCCUCCCCCUACCAGCCCCCAUCUCCUCAUACUACUCACGCGACCGGAGCCCGAUCCGGCGAAUCCCUGCUGAUGCUGAGGGCUACGCGUACGAGCGCGCGCGCCUCUCCCCGGUGUCCUCCCUCCCCAGAAGCUUGGCUUAUGACAUCCCGCGGGACCCCUACGCCGAGCGGGCGCGCUAUGCUUACUAACCUUUUUCCCACUUGUCCAGGUAUCGCGACCGUGUCGUGCUCGGUUGGCCAUCUUAGUUCCGUCUCGCUAUGCGUUUCGACGUGAUAGUGGGAUGGAUGGUGAAAGUGCAUUUAGCUUCACUGUUCGGUAUCUGUCUUGUGUGUCAACUGAUAGCUUAGUAACGUUUGUAUUUCCCCACUGAAAGCAGAAUGUACAUAUAGAUUUGAGGUAUUUAACAAAAAGCAACCAAGUGCACGUGGUUUUGAUUUUAAUGUGAGUCCUGCAGUUACAAGUGAAGUAGCAGUAGUUGAUUCAGUCAUUGCACUUGAUUCUAGUAAGCAGUUUUAUGCAUUAGUGUGAUGAAUGCAAUCAUUUGCUAAUCACGUUCACCUUCCUUUUAACAUGCAUCUAAAACCAUUAAAACAAUACAUACAGGUAUUGUGAAUGAAUGUGGAAAUAAUAUUAAUAAUUAAUAAUAAUAAUUCUACUCCACACCAAAGGCAGGGGCCUCAAUGGACAAAUUAUGCAUUAUGCAUGACUAUUACUCAAAUGUGUUUGAAUGAAAUAUUACACUUUGAAUACUUUCUAAAAAAUGUAUAACAUUUCUAAACUGUUGUGUAGGCAUGCAUAUAUAACUCAGCAAAAAAAGAAACGUCCCUUUUUCAGGACUCUGUCUUUCAAAGAUAAUUAGUAAAAAUCCAAAUAACU